GAGAGAGAGAGAGAGGGAGAGAGAGAGAGAGAGAAGGAAAGAGAGAAAGGGCGUCGAGUGUUUAUUAUAAAGGAGAAAAUAUUAAUUCCUCCCUUCGCCGUGGGCCGUGACGUCAGUCCAGGAAGUCAUUGUGGAGCAACACCGGAGCAAUUAGCGGCAAAAAGGGGAGAGCCUGAUGUCGAGGAGUCAGCCCCGUGUACAUCUCUGCAUGCGCCUCAACUUUUAACACAAACUUCUGAAUCCAAACAGUAAAAAGGGACGAGGAGUUCACUUUGCUUUUUUUCUUCUUCUGAAUGAAACAUUUUGGAGAUCCAGGCUGUGUGGAUUUUCUGUCCCGGCUUUAUUUCUGACAUGUUUUUCUUCUUUCUGGAAAAAAAAAAGAAAUCCUCCAGAGUUGAUUAAUUUUUUUUUCUUGGUUGUGAUUGAGUUUCUUGCACGGUGGGGAGAAGCCCCCCCUCCUCGCUGUUGGCAUGAAGGCUCCAGCCGUCCUCUAACAUGGAAGCGUCCAGCGGGUCCAGUUUUGGGAUAGACACGAUUUUAUCCGGCGCCUCGAACUCUGGCAACCCCGCGCUCAUGAACGGAGACUUCCGGCUCGCGGACAGCAGGACGGCGGAUUUCAGGAGCCAGGCCACCCCGUCGCCAUGCUCGGAGAUCGACACCGUGGGAACGGGCCCCUCGUCCCCCAUCUCCGUCACCAUGGAGCACGCCGCCGACGCGCAUCUGGUCCAGGACAGCCUUCAGCAUCUCCACCACCACCACCACCACGGCCAGGCGCAGCAGCAGCAGCAGCAGCAGCAGCAGCAGCUCGCAGGGGCCGGGGCCGGGGCGGGGGCCGGCUGCGCCCCCAGGACUGCCACCUCGUCGUUUUUAAUCAAAGACAUUCUGGGCGACAGCAAACCGCUGGCCGCCUGCGCACCUUACAGCACCAGCGUCCCCUCGCCCCAUCACACCCCCAAACCAGAAAGUGCCACGGCCCCGGACGUGUUCAGGCCCAAGCUGGAGCAGGAGGACAGCAGGAGCAAGUUGGACAAAAGGGAUGAGAUUCAAAGUGAAAUGAAAUGUAACGGACGAAGUGGAAGAGGCAGACGGCGGUGGGCUUGGAGCUCCUGGCCGAGGCGGGGAACUACUCGGCCCUGCAGAGAAUGUUCCCCUCGCCCUACUUCUACCACCCGAGCCUGCUCGGCACCGUGGACAGCACCACGGCGGCCGCGGCGGCCGCGGCCAUGUACAGCAGCAUGUACCGGACUCCCUCCACGCCCCACCCGGGCCUCCAGAGACCCCUGGUCCCGAGGGUGCUCAUUCACGGCCUCGGGCCUGGGGGGCAACCGGCGCUAAACCCCCUGCCCGGCACGCCGCACCCGCGAUAAGCAGCCCCCCACCCCCUCUUCUCCCCCCCACAACAAAACACAGCAAAACAAAAAAACAGUGAGAGAAACAAACUUUACUGCAGCAGGAGCAGUUUGCAGACAGUUCCCUCCAUGAAAGACAAAACCUGAAGGAGGUUUUUAAAAGCCGCUCCUGAAGACUCUCUGUCCCGGUCCAGGUCCAGGUCCAGGUCCAGGUCCAGGUCCAGGUCCGGAAAACACAGGACUCUGCUCAUGUCUGAUUGUUUGUUUGUUUGUCUUUUGUACAAAUACACUGACAUUAGCAAAUAAACUUAUAAAGUUUAUUAGAUGGAGGAAGAAGUGAAUGAAUAAAGACGUAAUGAGACUAAAAUGUUGACGUUUCUGUUCAAACCCGCGACUCUGACACCAAACCCACUGUUUACUUUAUUUUUUAUUUAUUUACCACGUCAGCUCUUUUCUUUUCUUUCUUUUUUUAAGUUGAACAAUAAGACCCCCACCUGCCCCCCAUCCGGCUUGAUCUGCUGGACUUUACUGACCCAAACGGAUGGAGGUGAAUCAUUUGUUCCUCCUGCAGCAUAUGCUCCUUCUAUCGGACGCUAUAAGGCGCGAGGGAGGUCACCCCCGCGCGCCUGUCUCUCUCUCGCGCGCGCGCGCGCAUGCAUAUGGAUGCGCAGCAGCAACAGCUGAUCGGUGGUGGGCUGAAUGCUCCUGAUGGCCCGGCUUCACUGGGAAUGUGGCCCUGGCUCUGCAGCUGUUCACUGGGAAGGCGCAGCAGACAAUUAAAAAAAAUGGGGGAAGAAGAAGAAGAAAAGCUCGCGUUUCUCAGCGCGAUGAGGUUCGGGAGCAAGACGUCUGCAAGAAAAAGUCGCAGGGGUGGGGGGAGUUGUGAGGUGGGGGGUUUAAUCUGCCCCCAUUCUUAACAGUGAAUUUGCUUCAGAAAGUAUUUUUUUUAAAGCUCAGAUUCAGAGCAGAUCCGCGUUUUUUUAUUUUUACGUCAUUUUUUUUUCGUUUAUUUUUUUAUUUCUUAAAAAAUGUUGUUGUUUACACAAUGAAAAAAAAAAAAACGACAUUAAAAGUACUCACUGCAAUGUCGGGAGAAGUCCUAAACACAA